AUGCAUUUUCCUAUAUUCUCUGCAACGUGUAGUGACUACUGGCACCCGAUGAGACCGCAGGAUCUCGUUGUCAGCGAAAAAUGUUCCGUUAAGCUCACGGACGAAAACUUUAAAUCCGUAAUCGAGUCGAAUGAUUAUGUAUUUGUCUUCUUCUACUCGGCUACAUGCCCUGCUUGCAGACGUUUCGACCCGAUUUGGGAAGAAACUUCGUGUGAGUAUGACGGGAAGAAGGUGGUUUUUGCCCAUCUCGAAGGAAACGAAAACCAGGGAAUCAUCAACGCUUAUCGGGUCAGCCACACUCCUACUCUCGCUCUGUUCCACAGGGACAUGGCCACCCCCAUCAAGUUCAACGGUCGUCAAUACAAGGAAUCCCUCCUUUUCUUCGUUAAGCAACAAUCUGGAGACCCCAACCCCGGUUCUCCUGCUGCUCAUUUCACCGAUGCUUUAGAAGCGCUUCGCUUCUCUUUCUGGCGCGGCACCGUCGAUAACCACCUCGAGCCCUCGCUGAACGGCUUCUUCCCGACCACGGAUUCCGCGGAAUAUCGCGCAUUUACCCAGGCCGUCAUUGCGCUGGACGGAUUGGUUCGUUGCGCCGAGAUCAUCAGCGAUACGAUCCAGGAGGAGUACAAUCUUCCCGCGGGGGAGCCUGCGAUCGUGCUUUACCGCGAUUAUGACGAGCGAAAAUCGGUGUACGAGGGACCGUGGGACGCGAAGGCAAUCGAGGAAUGGGCGAGAAUCCGAGAGCAUCCGUCGGUUGGGUUCGCCGACGAGCAGCAUCUGAUGCAAUACCAUCGGAAGGAAGGCAUUCUGGUACACAUGCUGGUGGACAAGGAAUCGGUGGGAGGAGAUUGGAAUGCGUUCCAGGAUUUUGUGUUCCAGGAGAUGGCAGUGCCGAUUUUCUCGAAUGGGAUCAUGAAGCGAGGCACGUUUACGAUCAUUUUUUCGGAUGGAGAGGAGAAUAAGAAAUGGUUGAAGACAAUGGCGCCGAGGGGGGACUCGCUGCCCGUGGCGUUGCUGAUUGACUUUAAGACGAAAUAUCAGUACCAGCCACGAAAACCUUUAUCGAUGGACACCAUUGCGUCGGAUAUUGUGGCAUUUGUGAACGACUACUCGCUGGGACUUGCAACUCCGCUAGAGGAUGAGUUGUGA